GCACACACGGAUUAGCAGGCUAGCUAUGGACAUAGUUGUGUGCAUCUCCUUUGCAAUCCUCGCGCUCGUGCUCACUGGCCCGUACACCAAGGCUGCGGCGCUCGCCGACGGCACCACCACCAUUGACGCGGCGGCGGCAGUGUCGCAGACGAUGUCAAUGUCGUCGUCAUUGAUGAAGGACGUGGACGGCGUGGCGCCUGAGCUCGCGGCAGUGGACUCGGUGGUGCACCGCCGCGUCCUUGCCCAAGGAAACGUCGGCCCCUCCCCCUCGCUGGACCCCAACAGGGCAAUCUGCAACAAGGCUUGCACGGGCGGAAAGCCGUACAAUCUCCAACACCGGCCCUGAUACAAAACAUACUACUGUGGUUAAGUGAAUGGGAUGGCACUACGUAUGGGCUUCAAAUGCAACCUCCUUCCUGCACGGCGUCCGUCCAUGGGUGCACUCGCGUUCCAUCCAUCCAUGUUCUGUUUUCUUUUUCAUUUUGCAUUUCAGUAUUGUCGUUGCUAUCGCUGUAUAUCUUGAAAGAACAUGUUUUUAUGGAAGAAUUUUGUUGUCAUCCCCUGGGCUUCGCAUCCAGAUCAUGCGCUAUUAUGGACUUAUGGGGUGACCGGUUUUCCAGAUGAUGCGUUAUUUUGGAGUGAACGUAUGAUUCCCACAAAUGAAAAGGCAGUACACAAUAUGAAUAAUUCCGUGGAGCAGCCACCCACAAUCUAAAAGUCAAGAUGUGCUGCAUGUGCACACGCGGAAGCCACAGCUCUGUUCCGGUCCGGUGCUCACUAGACCAGAGACUCCCACUAAUGGUGUGCCCAAAAAUGCCACCUCUAAGAGAAAAGUCCACAUUUCAACCCUGAAUGAACCACUCAGUUUGAUUUGCAACCCUCGUCUUCAAAACCGGUCGUAUUGCAUCCCUAACUUUCCGCAAAGUUCAAAAAACAACUCUGGUCUCAUUUUAAGGUAUUAAUUAAGGUUGCACCCUAAACAUAAUUUUAGAAAUGAUUAACAUGCAAGAUAAUAGCAUAUUUGAAAUCUACAUAUUUUUCCGAGAGAUUUCUAGAAAUAACAUGUUAGAUUUAGAGUUAGAGUUUGAAAGAUAUGAAUAUUUUGAAAAGCAUUUGACUCAGCUCAAAAAAAAAUCUGAAAUGUUAAACAGAGAGUUGCUGGGCCGAAAUUGUAACAUUGUCCAACCCAAUUUAGAGAGAAAAAUUAGUAGUUGUUGGGUUCGAACCUCGGUAUCCCGCAUUGAAUAGUGCCGCUCAAGCCAGCAGAUUACCGGCU